CUCCUAGCUCCACCACAGGAGAGAUCUCUUCCUCCUACCAAUUGCAUCAGUCUCCCCAGAAGCUCUGAGAGACGCCGAGUAGAGGGCAGCAAUUCUCAGGGGCCCAUCAUCCGACUGCCCAGCACCCAGCUCCCAGCGAGCAGACCCGGCCGCCUUGGCGGUCACCUCCCCUGGCUCUGAUGGCUCCCCUGAGGCAGGCAGGCUGGAUGUGGAGAAAGUUCCCAGAGGGGAGGGGAGCCCGGUUUCGGUUUCUCUCUCUCAGCUGCUUCUCUGUCACGCUCAGUCGACACAAGCGCCACAAGAACUGCAAGAAGCGGAGCAGGCCAGCGCCUCAGGACUGCAGGAGGCCCCAGCUGUCCCAUUACAAGGCAACUUACACCCAGCCACCAAACGUGCAUCCUCGAAGCAGCAAGAGGCCGCUCCGCACCCCUCCACACCCCAACCCCCCGGCCAUGGCCUUCAGCACCACGCAGCGGGCAGAGUUCAUUCCCUGGGAGCUGGGCCAGAGGACCAAGCCGCCUGUCCAGGAGGCGUAUCAGUGCCCACAGGAGCCCUUCCAAAGCCAGAGUCUGUACCGCCUCCACUUCCCGCCCAGGGAGCCGGUCGUGACCACCCUCCGGCAGCCCCCGACUCCCAGGCAGCCUGACGGCUCCGGCUUCCCCCACACCACCACCACCAAGGAGAGCUACAAAGGAUGGCGAGCGGAACACCCAGCCUGCUAUGGAGAGCCACCAGCCCUGGCAGGCGCUCUCCUGUCCCCUGACCGGGCAGCCGAGAUGGAAAGCACCACGCAGCGAGAGUUCACUGAGAAACGCAUCCCCAAACCGGAGCUGGUCAAAGGCCUCCAGGCUCAGCUCACCAUUGAAGGUGAUCAUGACAUGACGACAACCCACCAGAGCACCUACCAGUCUGUGCCCUUGGAGAAGCGGGUAGCCCAGUCACGCGGUAAAGGAGUAGUGCCAGCAGGGAAACGAGCCCAGGUGGAAUACAUGACCAAGUACCAGAGCGAUUUCCCAGCAUGCAGCUUGUUACCUGCACGGAUUCAGCCUGCUCAGCCUCCUCUGGACAACCUGGCAAUCAACCAGGGCUUCAGCACAGAUUUUCAGACGGUGCAGAGGGAAAGCUACCAUGGCUGGGACACCCGCAGAUACCCUCGUGCCUGCCCCAUCAAGCUGAAAGAGGAGCUGGCAGACUUGGGGAAAGAGAGGGAUGGAAAAUUCAGUGGAGACACUGUGACCAAGCUCUCUUACCCUCCUCUGCCCUUGGACAGGCCUCCGGGGACUAUCCAGUGGCCCCCCACAGUGCUGAGAUCCCUCCCUGCAAAGUUUGAUGAUUCCACAGCCCACAAGUUCUUCUUCAGAGAGUGGAGAGUCCAGCCCCGAAUCCGGCAAGGUGACCCCCACGAUGGAGUCUACAUCCGACCUCUGGGCAAGUUUGAAAGCCAAACUACCACACACAGCACAUUCCUGCCCCAGAGAGCGGAGAAGGUGAAGAACUGCAAACCAGAGCAGAAACCCAUCCAAGCACAGGGAAAGCAGGAUUUCUCCACCAUCCACAGGGAGUCUUACAGGCCAAUCCCACUCCCAGUCUGUCGUUUGCAAAUGUACUUGAUCCAGCAACAGCAGCAGGGAAGAGAAACAAUGAAUUCUCUUGUGCCCGUUAAAGCCUGAUAUGCAGUGUGGAUCCAGGUCCCUCAGCCAAAUCAACUCUGUCCCCAGAAUGCUAAUGGGCAAACCAUUACUAACUAGACAAUUUGAUAAACUGUUUUUUGUGCAUCUUAGCAACAUUAAAAUGGCAUCUAAAAUCUCUGAAACUUGAGUGCCUACACUGCAGAGGUGUGAUUGCAGCUCGCACAGAAGUACUCACACUAACUUUUAAUCUAGCUACCAUGGCUAAAAACAAAGAUGCAGCAGCACAGAAUAGGAACCCAAGUACACAGCAAGGGUUCUCGGCAGGCUUGUACAGCCUGCAGGUCUUCACUGCCUUUUAGCCAGGUUAGCGAGAUUCAAGCUAGCGUGGGUAAGCAAUCACAGUGCAGACACAUCCUAGAAUAGCUGCCGUUAAUUUGGGUGUUGUGCAUGGAUGUGGUGGUUUAAGUUACAGCAAUACAAAAUGUAAUAGCUAUUGAAAUUAUUCAAUAAUUUGUACCUAAUUUCAUUGUAUUUCCUGUUUGUUUAAGGAUUCUGUGGGAAUGCUACCAUUAAUAUUUUAACACUAGCUUUCAGAGUGCAUUAGUCUAUUUUGCAUUUUAUUUUAAAGAUAAUAAAAAUUGCUUGUGCUUAGUAUUAGCACUUAAAUAGUCCUGAUUAGACGGAUGUGCACUCCUCAGCAAAAGGAGUGUUCCCAACUUUCUCUCUAUCUGAAGAAUCCCAGACAGUAGUUUUCUGCAAGUCUGGAGUAACAGAGGAGCACCAGCAGCACGUGACUAUCAGAAAAAUCAGAUGACAAAAAAAAUAUUUACAUAAUGUACCUCCCAUAAGGCUUUAUGGAAAUAUGCUUAGAAUGUGUUUUAUGCUACAUAUGCCAUGUAACAUAUCUUUGUUAAGGUUAUGAUCUACUGAAUGUAUUAAUACAUGCAUGCAAAUAGGAUUAUUUGAAUGUUGGCUGUGCACUGGCUUGAUUUCUAAAUAACCUUAGUAGAGCAUUUGGUCAGUUCCUGGAGAAAGGAAUGUUGAAAUUAAGUACCUAAUCAAGCA